GGGUUAGGUUUUUAAAGGGGGAGAGAGGAUUUAACGGAGGCCACGUUUUGAAAUCCCCAUUACCCUUUCCUCCCCCUCCCACCGCUUCUAGGGUUUUAGCUUUGCCGCCUUCUUCUUCCUCCUCCUCCCUCCCUCUCUCUGCAAAUCGGAAUGAGCAGCGACAAGGAUAACAUCAACAUGUCCGAUCUCUCCUCUGGUGCUCUCAACGACGUGGAUCGAGCCGGCCUCGUCAAUGCUCUCAAAAAUAAGAUAGAGAGUCUGGCCGGGCAGCACUCUGAUAUCCUCGAGAGCCUAUCGCCUGUUGUCAGAAAGCGCGUAGAUGUUCUUAGAGAGAUCCAGACCCAACAUGAUGAACUUGAGGCAAAGUUUUUCGAGGAGAGAGCAGCUCUCGAAGCCAAGUAUCAGAAAUUGUAUCAACCUUUGUAUACCAAGAGAUAUGAGAUCGUAAAUGGUGUUGUUGAAGCUGAAGGCGUUACAAAUGAAGCAGCAACAGAUGAAGAGGGUAAAGAUUCCGAAGAAAAAGGAGUGCCUGAUUUCUGGCUCAAUGCAAUGAAAAACAACGAAGUGCUAGCUGAGGAGAUAUCUGAGCGUGAUGAAGGUGCUCUUAAAUAUCUUAGAGACAUCAAGUGGUUUAGGAUAGAUAACCCUAAGGGAUUCAAACUGGAGUUCUACUUUGACACCAAUCCCUUUUUUAAGAACUCUGUCUUGACAAAGACUUACCACAUGAUUGAUGAAGAUGAACCCAUUCUCGAGAAAGCAAUAGGGACCGAGAUUGAAUGGUAUCCUGCUAAAUGCUUGACACAGAAGCUUCUUAAGAAGAAGCCUAAGAAGGGAUCUAAGAAUGCUAAGCCAAUAACUAGAACUGAAAAUUGCGAAAGUUUCUUCAACUUUUUCAGUCCACCUCAAGUCCCUGAGGAUGACGAAGAUAUUGAUGAAGAUGCUGCUGAGGAACUCCAAAACCAGAUGGAACAAGAUUAUGACAUUGGGUCUACCAUUCGAGAUAAGAUCAUCCCUCAUGCUGUUUCAUGGUUUACUGGAGAGGCUAUUGAGGGAGAAGAUUUUGGUGACUUGGAAGACGAAGAUGAAGACGACGAAGAGGAAGAUGACGAAGAGGAAGAAGAUGAGGACGAAGAAGACGAGGAGGAUGAAGACGAUGAAGAUGAAGGCAAAACCAAAAAGAAGACAUCGGCCAGUCACAAGAAGAACGCAAGAGCACAAGUCGGGGAGCAGGGUGAGCGGCCUCCAGAAUGCAAACAGCAGUAGAAUAUGAUUGUUUCGGAAAGGCGGGCUAGUAGCUGCGAGUUCUUGUUGGACCUUGAGACUGUUUUGAUAGAAAAUGGUUGCUGGGCAGUUUUAUAUGGUCAAUGUAUUUUUUAACCUUACGCUAUAUGAUGAGUGAUAGUCGGAGUCAUUGGUCUUUCUUUUCCAUGUUGGUUUAGGGGGAAUGUGACGAAGAUGGUUUGGAUGUCAUUGUGAUCUGUUGACCUAUGUUGGAAUUUGAUGGACAACGUUUUUUAGUAAUCUAUUAAUGAUUUGUGUAUGAUGA